AACAAAAGAGAUACGGUUAAGUAAUUAAAUUUGUAAAAAAGUAUUUAAGUAUGGUUAUUGCUUGAGUUUAAGGUUUUCAUCAACAGCGCUGAAAAAGCUGAAAGUAUAUAAUUCUGUCAAUACGCGCGCUUUCCUUGCCGGGUGAUGUCGGUAAAACAGUUUGAAGGACGGGUGCUGUCUUCGAUAUUUUCAUCACGAUUUUAUAUUCGAUAGUGAAACGAGAAAAGAUUUUCAUUAAAUAAUUAGAAUAUGUUCAAAUGUGCUGAAAUAUUGUGGCUUUGUAAGGUGUUAAGCUGAAUUGUUCCUUUGGAUAGAUAACAAACAAGGCACUGUCACAAUGGAUACAGAUUAUAAAACAAGAAAGCAAGUGAGUUUGGAGCAGAUGGGUGGUCUGUUAGAAUUCAUGCAAGAACACCCUGAUUUGGCUAAAGGUCUGACUCGUGGUAGACGAGGCAAAUUGCACUCGGUGAAGCUAUGGAAUGCCUGUGCUAAGAAACUUAACCCUUAUAAGGAUGGUGCUUGUAAAGAUGGCAAAGGAUGGUCAAAGUACUGGUGUGAUUGGAAGUAUAGGGUACGCAGAAAAGCAUUGGAGUUGAAAGCGGCUAAAGACAACAGUAGACCGCCUCCAGAAGGCAUAGUGCCUCUGUCGCAGAUGGAAGAGUGUAUUCUAGGACUUAUUGGGGAGAAUGCUGUCGACGGAGUCAUUAUUAAGAUAGAUCCUUUGGCUGAGGGGGAAACAGAAGAAGAGGAGCCAGAAUUGAAUGAAGUAGCAGAAGAUACAUCAGUAAAUCAGUGUUAUGGCACUCGAUCGAAAGCGAAACGUAAGCGGAGGCAUUCGUCGAGAGACUUAUCGGAGGCGGAGGACCGCGCCAGCCCGCCUGAUAGGAAACCUCGGCUGCAUGUCAAUGGGGACCAGGAUCAUUCAGAUGAAGACGAUGAAACGUCAAUGUUUUUGCGCCUUGAAAGGCGGAAGAUAGAAGCCACUGAAAGGCUGACUGAGGCGGUAAUCUCGAUAAGUUCGGAAGCGAGGCGACUGGUCGACGUUCUCACACAGAUUAAAAACUUUAUGGUCAACAGACCUAACAUCUAAACAUGGCAGGGUGUUGAUUUGAGUACAGUUUAGAAGCAUCGAUAUAGCAGUGGACGACGUAGUGAAAUGAGAUAGUGUUCGCGAUACGGAAGAAGAGCCACGGCCACGGCGCUUGUGUCGAAGUAUCUGCAUAGAAUUAUGACUUGUCUUUGAGGGACUUUCUAGGCUACGUUCACCAAAAAAUAGAUGGCACUAUCCAGAUUUAACGUGAUAGUUACCUACUUACCUACUCGGAUACAUCAUUAUUCAAAAAUACAAUGUAAUGUAGAGGCAAAUAUAAUAAUAUUUCAUCAUCAUCAUCAGCCCAUUAACGUCCCCACUGCUGGGGCACGGGCCUUCCCUAUGGAUGGAUAGGGAGAUCGGGCCUUAACCACCACGCGGGCCCAAUGCGGAUUGGUGGUUAUUAACGACUGCUAAUGCAGCCGGGACCAACGGCUUAACGUGCCUUCCGAAGCACGGAGGAGCUCGAGAUGAAAACUUUUUUUUGUGGUCACCCAUCCUAUGACCGGCCUUUGCGAAGGUUGCUUUACUUCAACAAUCGCAGACCGAGCGCGUUAACCGCUGCGCCACCGAGCUCCUCAUAAUAAUAAUAUUUGUUGUUUGAUAUUUGGAUCAGAUAUGUAUAGAAUUAUGUUGUUACCUGUAUUGCUUCUCUUUAUUUUUGAUCAGAAUAAUAAUGGGUGGAUGAUGUGUUGUGCUUGGGUGUAAUAACAUGGGUCUUCAUUUAUACCCAAAAACAAAAAUAAAAGAUUUUUAGAAUCUAGAAAGAUUUAGAUCACAUUAUAUAUAGAAUUAUAUUGCUACCUAUACUGCUUCUCUUUAUUUUAAUAAGAAUAAUAAAAAGGAGUCAUCAUUUAUACCCAAAAACAUAGACAAAAGAUGCAAAUGUCUGUUAUCCAUGAAAUUAGAAGAUUAAGCGAAGGUUUUAGACGGCGAUAUCUAUAUUGUUUUUGAGGUAUGUAGCCUUUUUUUUUAACGUACCUAACUUAUUGUAUAUUUGUCGCAGAUGGCAUUAACUACAUGGCCGGACAAAUGUGGAGCAUAAUACGCAGCCUGGAAAGUUCUUAGUUCCAAAAAUACGCGAAUUUUUUUUAUGUGAAAUGUCAAAAUAUUUUUUUUAUGGAAAUUGUAUGGAAUACUCAGUUCGGAUAAGCAUCAAUAAACGAGGUCAGAAGCCAGA